AUGAAUGCUUUACCAACGGAGAUGACCAAGUUCUCUGAGCACAGCUCAAGCGCCAUCGUCAAGGUCAUCGUCGGCCAAGGCAUGAACCAGCGCGUCCACAACCUCCACAAAUCCCUCCUCACGGAGAAGUCAGAGUUCUUCCGCGGUUGCCUCGCCGGCCACUUCGUCGAAGCCAACACCAACCAAGUCUUGCUUCCCAACGACGAUCCCCAAGCCUUCGAGUGCUUCGUCAACUGGGCGUAUGGCGGCACCGUUGCAGCCGAUAUGACCGUCGACGAGUGCAUUCAAGCCUACAUUCUCGCCCACAAACUGUCGUACGACAGCACGCCACAGCUGCAGGAGCUAAUCAUCCAAACCCUCAACGGGGCAGCGAACAAGGAAGCCAUCACACUGAAGCAAGUGCAGAAGGUGGUAAACUCUGACCUCGCCGAGUCGGAUCUCAUGGACGCCGUCAUCGUCGGGCUUGCGAAUGCCGCGGACAAGAAUUGGGAAGUCAUGUCGAAGGACGAGACUUGGCAUGGCAUCUUGUCUGCCGACGCAGGGCUGACGCUACGGGUGCUGGCUGCGCUGCGCACGAGCUGGUCUGUCAAGACGAAAGAUGCGCUUGUUUCCUCUGGCAAGCGGACUGGAGGCGCGCAGGCUAAGAAGCGAACGAGGGAGCAAAUGUUGGCCACGGGCUUUGGAAAUCAUCCACGUGUCUGA